UCUUGCUGCGCCAGUCCAAACGUACUUUUCCAGGUCAACCAUUGGAAGUCAACUACCAGCAAAAUGGGCCGCAUAAAGAAGAAGGGAGAGGCCGGAAACGCCAAAAACUUCAUCAGCCGCAACCAGGCCAUCAAGAAGCUGCAGCUCAGCCUGCCCGAUUUCCGAAAGCUAUGCAUCUGGAAGGGCAUCUACCCGCGCGAGCCCAGAGACAAGAAGAAGGCCUCCAAGACAUCCACCCCCUCCACUACCUUCUACUACUCCAAGGACAUCCAGUACCUGCUCCAUGAGCCGCUGCUCCAGAAGUUCCGCGACCAGAAGGCUCUCGAGAAGAAGAUCUCGCGCGCCCUCGGCCGUGGCGACGUCGGCGACGCCGCCCGUCUCGAGAAGAAUGCCGUCCGCCCCGAGAAGAACGGCAAGCCACGCUACACCCUCGACCAUGUCAUAAGAGAACGCUAUCCUACCUUCAUCGAUGCCCUGCGGGAUCUUGACGACUGCUUGUCGAUGCUGUUCCUCUUCGCCAACCUGCCUUCCACCUCGACCGUCCCCGCCAAGAUGAUCGCUCGCUGCGAGAAGCUGUGCUUGGAGUUCGAACACUACCUGAUCGUGUCCCACAGCCUGCGCAAGUCCUUCUUGUCGAUCAAGGGAAUAUACUACCAGGCCGAAAUCCAAGGCGAGGACGUCCUCUGGCUGGUGCCCUACAAGUUUAACCAGCGGGUGGUUGGUGAUGUCGACUUCCGGAUUAUGGGUACCUUUGUUGAGUUCUACAUGACGCUUCUUGGCUUCGUCAACUACAGGCUGUACACUUCGAUCGGCCUGAAAUACCCACCAAAAUUCGACCAGGCCAAGGAUGACCAAGGUGGAGAGCUGGGUGCCUUCACCCUGGAGGGUGCCAACAUUGCCACGAACCAGGAGGAGCCCAAGCAGAUUACAAAUGGAGAGAGCGAGCAACACGGCCCCGACCCCAAGGUCCAGGCUCAGGUCAACAAGCUGGUGCGGGAGAUGAGGGACGGCGAGACGAAUGGCGACGACAGGAAGGUUGAGGAUGCGGACGAGAACGAAGAGGAACCUACGGAUGCCAUUGACAAGUUCGAGCCCGCAGUCCCUGGCGGCGAUCUCCUCCCCCAGCCUUCAUACAGCUCCAACGACCCAUCUCAAUUAUUCUCGAAAUGCACAUUCUUCCUCGGACGUGAGACACCUCGACAACCGCUCGAGCUGAUCCUGCGUUCUUUUGGUUGCAAGCGCAUUGGGUGGGACUCGGUCCUGGGCGAGGGCGCAUUUACCACCAACGAGCUCGACCCUGCGAUCACACACCAGAUCGUCGACAGGCCACUUGUCCAGGCUGCUGUGGAAGCCAAUGGCGACGGUGAGGACAACCAGACCUCUCAGAAGCUUGCUCCGAACCAGCGGGUACCUGGCCGCAUCUACGUGCAGCCACAGUGGGUUUGGGACUCAAUCAACGACGAGGAGCUGAAGGACACCAACCUUUACGCGCCGGGGGCUGAGCUGCCGCCGCAUCUGAGUCCCUUCGUGAAGCCCGUCCAGGGCCAGUACGACCCCACCAUCGCCCUCGAGGAGCAACAGACCGAGGCGGAGGCUCUGGCCGACAGCGAUGCCGAGAUUGACGAGGAGGCAACUGGCAUGGACGCUGACAACUCGGAGGAUGAGGAAGAUGCCCAGGAGGACACGUUCGGCGGCUUCUCGGGCGAGGAGGACGGCGCGGAGGAUUCCGACGAGGAAGAGUCAGCCGCCGCGCAGAGGCAACAGGAGCUGGAGGCCGAGCUGACGGGCAAGGCGGUCAAGUCCAAGGCGCAGACCCCCAAGGAGAAGAAGAAGGCCGAGGCCCGCAAGGCGCUGGAGAAGAAGACCAAGGAGGAGGCCGAGGAGCUGGAGAGGGCCAAGGGCAUGCUGAGCAAGAAGAAGAGGAAGCUGUUUGAGCAGAUGCAGUACACCAACACCAAGAAGAGCGCCGAGGACGAGAAGCUGCGGUCCAAGAGGAGGAAGAUCGAGAAGCAAAAGGGCAAGCGGGCGUAGAUGGGCAAAUAAAGGAGUCGGGGAUACCAUUAAUGAAUUUACUUGAGCCUGAAAAACAUUCAAACUGUCUGCCCAACCUGAGCAGUGAUGGUCACCAGUUUCGGGGCACAUCCACUAGGCGGCUGAUACAUUUGUCUUGAACUGGCAGUGCUCACUGCCAGACCGUCACGUACUGGCUAGUUUCCCAUCGAGUCAUAUCCGAUGGUAAAGUAUCCGAUGGAACAGCCUCCCAUGUGACAGCCUCUAAUGGGUCAAAUCCUCGUGGGAGAACCUACCACGAAAAUAAUGUAAACCGCCCGCGUGCAGACCAUUCGCGAGAGCCGCGUCACUCUAUGCUCCCUACCUGCCUACCUAGACACCUAGGUACAUGUUUCCUGCAUCUGGUCAGAUAUGAUUGUGUAAUAUCUUCCUUAUUGUUUUAACAGGUACAUAUCUUGAUAGAAAUAGAAGGGGCAGUCUGGCAGUGUCAACUGUCCGUACGGAGCAG